AGACCGUUCAACCUUCGCGCCGAAACCCCCGUAAACAUCCAUCACCGACGCAUCCGACCGCGACCAUGGAAGGCGACAGAAAGUACAACCCGAGUUUGAUGCGUCUGUGGAGGGUAUGGAAGACGACCAAAGAGAUGAUGAAUGAUCGGGGCUAUAUGGUGCUUGAAGAAGACAUGAACAUGUCACUUGACCAAUUCGCGCGGAAAUAUGCGCGCGAAGACGGAGAGCCAGACCGGUCGCGCCUCAACUUCUCCUGCCAGCCAUCCGAAGAAAUGCUUGCAAAGUACACCGAUGCCCCGACCAAGAAGGUCCCCAACCCCCUGCCCAACAUCGGCACUAUAUGGGUCGAGUUCAACGCCGACGAGAACGUAGGCAUGAAGCAAUUGCGCGAGUACAUGGCGCAUUUGGUCAACGGCUCCUUCCACUCGGGCAUCAUGAUCACGGUGAAGCCCAUGACAGGAAUGGCCAUUCGUCUCCUCCGCGGCGCUACGAGCCUCAGCGACGGACCCAAGGGCGGUGUCGAGGUUUUCAUCGAGCAAGACCUUCUAGUCAACAUCACAAAGCACGAGCUAGUUCCCAAGCACGUCCUUCUUAGUGACGAGGAGAAGCAGCAAUUACUCCAGCGAUACCGCCUCAAGCAGACACAGCUCCCACGAAUCCAGUCCACGGACCCGGUAGCCAAGUACCUAGGUCUGAGGAGAGGCUCGGUUGUCAAGAUUAUCCGAAAGUCAGAGACGGCAGGUCGAUACGCCAGUUACCGAUGGGUCAUAUAGCAAAAUAGACUGGGGAGCGCGAGGCGCAAGGAGAGCAAGAGACGACGAAAGAGCAUCCGGCGAGGCGUUUAGGCGAAGCAAGAAGAAUCAAGGGUUUGCUUUUGUUUUAGUCAAUAUUCUCACGUAUCCAACUCUGCAAGCAAAAAGUCCAACGUGUCAGCUAGCAGCAGCAAUAUACAAGUCAUAUCCAUUUUC